AUGUAUCUCACCAGCGUCCUGUCAGUACUGCUGGCAUCGGCUGCCACCAGCCAGGCUGCCUGCAGCCUUCCUUCUUCCUACAAGUGGACAUCGACUGGGCCUUUGGCCACUCCCAAGUCUGGCUGGGUGUCUGUCAAGGACUUCACCACUGUCGAGUACAACGGCAAGAAGCUUGUGUACGGCUCGAGGGUUGAUACAGCCGGGAAUUAUGGCUCCAUGAACUUCGGCCUCGUCAACAACUUGUCAGAUCUGCCCUCUGCCAGCCAAACCACCCAAAACAUCGGAGCAGUCGCGCCCACGCUCUUCUAUUUCGCCCCCAAGAAGGUUUGGAUCCUUGCCCACCAGUGGGGUCCCACCACCUUCUCCUACCGCACCAACAGCGAUCCGUCAAACGGCAACGGCUGGAGCACCGCCCAGCCCCUGUUCUCGGGCAAGAUCACCGGUUCAGACACUGGUGCUAUCGAUCAGACUGUCAUCGGUGAUGCGAGCAACAUGUAUCUCUUCUUCGCUGGCGACAACGGCAAGAUCUAUCGCGCUAGCAUGCCUAUUGGCAAUUUCCCCGGCGACUUUGGCACUGCCAGCACUGUCGUCAUGACGGACAGCCGAGAGAAUCUGUUCGAAGCCGUUCAAGUCUACACCCUGGCCGGAGCAACCUCAGGCGCCAAAUACCUCAUGUUGGUAGAAGCCAUCGGCGCCAACGGCCGCUACUUCCGCAGUUUCACAGCGACCAAGCUCGAUGGUGCGUGGACACCUCAGGCAGCGUCCGAGUCCAACCCAUUUGCCGGCAAGGCGAACAGCGGUGCUACCUGGACCAACGAUAUCAGCCACGGCGAUCUGUACCGUGCUAACCCGGAUCAAACGUUCACUGUUGAUGCUUGCAAUCUGCAGCUGCUCUACCAGGGCCACGAUCCUAAGGUCACCGCAAGCAACUACAACUUGAUUCCUUACCGACCUGGUGUCUUGACGCUGAAGAAAUAG